AUGGCUUUAGUUCGACGAAAUGACGCGGUUGUCGCAAUGGAAACUGAUCAAAAUCAGCAGCAAAAAAGGACUUCGGAUUUGAUGGCUCCAAUUAUGUGUUUGCACGGACAUGAGGGUGAAAUUUAUUCGACACAAUUCAGCAAAGAUGGAACAUUUUUGGCUAGUGCUGGUUAUGAUAUGCAGGUAAGGGUUUUGGGGUGGGAAUUGAGGAAUUUUGAUAAAAAAUUCGAAUUUUUUGGCUCUGGUUCAUGAAAACUAUUAAAAAAUCAGAUUUCUUAGCGAAUUUUGAGCCUAGAAUUUGAAAAUUGAAUAUUUUUGAUAAAAAGUUGAAAUUUCCAUGUAUUUUUUUAUUAUUAAAAUUCAAAAUGAAAUCUGAUUUUUUGCGAUCUGAAAAGUUCAGUGAGACUCGAACUUUUUUGAUUGAAAAAUCUAAUUUUUCAUCAAAUUUGAACCGAGAUUCAUGAAAAAUUGAGGAUUUUUGAAUUUAGAUUUGAAAAAAAAUAUACAGAAAGCCCGAAAAUCCAGGAUUUCUUGAAUUAAUAUUACAUUGACUAAAAAAUCACAAUUUUUCAAUAUAAAUUCGUUUUUUCUUCGGAUAUUUGUUUCAAAACUAAAGCAAACGACAAUUCUGAUUAUUGUCAAAACUUAUAUUUUUUGUGAAACAGUGAAAUUUUGAAGAUUUAUAAACCCAUGUAUUAAUUUAUUGACUGGAGACAAAAAUUUUAAUUUUUCUUUGAAACAGUGAAUUUUCUGCAGAUCAUGCUUUGGAAUGUGUUUGAUAAUUGUGACAAUUUUGCGACUCUGAAAGGACACAAAGGAGCAAUUAUGGAUAUUAAAUUCAACGCGGAUUCAAGGUACAAUUUUGAAAAAUUAUAGAUUUCUCUUCGAAAAAAUGCACUGUUUCAAAAUUAACAUAUUUGGAAAAAUUGAUUUUUGGAAUUGAUCCUUUGUUUGAUAAAAUUAUGUAAAAAUAAUCAUAAUUUUGUUGAAAUUCACCUAAACUUCCCCAAAUUUUCCAGCCAUUUGGCCACUGCGAGCACAGACAAAACAGUUCGAAUUUGGGACAUGGAAACGGGAAAAUGUUUGCGCAACUUCAAAUCGCAUGCGGAUUUUGUGAAUUCGGUGGAUUUUACACGCCGUGGACCUGAAAUGAUUGCAUCGGCUUCCGAUGAUGGAACUGUCAAAAUUCAUGAUUUUCGAACUAAAGAGCCGCACAAAUCGUAUGAGAAUAAAUAUCAACAAACGGCGGUGGUUUUCAAUGAUUCGUCGGAUGGUGUGAUUUGUGGUGGAAUUGAUAAUUCGAUUAAGGUUGGUGCGGUUUUAGGAGGAAAAUAUAUAUUUUGAAUAAUUUAUAAAAAUUAAUGGGCCUAUGCAGAAUAAUAUUUUGUAAUAAAAAAACAUAAAAGAACAUUUUUUUCCUAUGCAGAAAAACGUCGAAAAAACAAAAUAAAGACAACGUGAAAUUGAGAGAGCGCAGACAUAAAAUGGGUUUUUUUUUCUGCACUCUCUCAACUUCACGUUGUCUCUACUCAAAAUAAUAAACUGUAUAUUUUGUUUUUUCGACUUUUUUCUGCAUAGGAAAAAAAUGUUUUUUUAUGUUUUUUUAUUACAAAAUAUUAUUCUGCAUAGGCCCAUAAAAAAAACGUUGAAUUUUAUUUUAAUCUCCAAAAAAUUCACUGUUUCAAUUUUUAUUUUAGUCAAGAAAAACUAAAUUUUAAAAUAUUCAUAUUUUGAUUUGAACUAGAAGAUUGUAUGCAGUUCCAAAAAAUUUGCUGUUUCAAAAUUUUCAUUUAUUCUGAAACAUUUUUGCAUUUUGAUGCGUUAUCGGCCUUUGCAACAUUUGCUUACAAUUAGAAUUUCGAAUUCACUGUUUCAAUAUUUACUUGAAUUGAAUUUUUAUUUAGAAUGUUAUAAAUUCACCGGCACAUAAAAAUAGUGAGAUCAAAGGGAGAGAGAAAAAAGGGGUAAUUCACACUUAUUUUCAAGACACAAUUUUUAACUUUGAUAAUAACAUUUACUGAUUCUGAGUUUCAAUCUCAAAAUUAAAUAAAAAUUUGAAGUUUAAAAUUUUGCUGUUUCAAAAAUCAUACUUUUUCUGAUUUUUAAAAUUAUUCUAAUUUUCGAAAUUUGAAAAUAACAAGAAAAAUUUACUGUUUCAAAAAAUGUAAUAUUACUAAAAAGAUUUUACAAAAAUGGGUUGAAUACAUCACAAAGUAAUUAAAAAAAAUCACUGUUUCAAAAUCAACUUUUCUUUGAGAUACAAUUUCGAGCGCUGAUUUCUUCAUACUCAAUUGUUUUUUAAAAAAAAAUUUCAUUAGACAAUAAAUCCUGCAUUGAUAAUAAUGCAAAAUUCAAGUGAAACGUAUUUUCUCCUACAAAAUUUCACUGUUUCAAAAAUUGUUUUUGUUUUUCAGAAUAAUUACGACGUUUGCUGCAAAAAUGCAGUGCAAAUGUUAUGUAGAAUUUUAAAAUUAAAAACAAUUUUUCUGAUUAGCGAAAAUGCACUGUUUCAAAAAUGUAAUAUUACUAAAAAAAUAUUUUUCAAAAAAUUGUGAUGGAGUUGAAUAUAUCAUAAAAUAAUUUUAAAAAAAUCACUGUUUCAAAAUCAAUUCUUUUUUGAGAUACAACCCUUCGUAUUUAAUUUUGAGAAAAUUCAUUAGACAAUAAAUCCUGCAUUGAUAAUAAUACAAAAUUCUAGUGAAACGUAUUUUCUCCUACAAAAUUUCACUGUUUAAAAUAUUGUUUUUGUUUUUCAGAAAAAUUACGAAGUUUGCUGCAAAAGUUAUGUAGAAUUUUAAAAUUAAAAACAAUUUUUCUGAUUAGCAAAAAAUUCACUGUUUCAAAAUUUUCAUAUAUUUGAAAUUAUAUUAUUGAUCCUUGAUGCGUAUCUAAUAUUUGAUAUACAAAUAGACGAAAAAUUAAAGCAAAAAAUAUUCACUGUUUCAAUGUUUACAUAUUUUUUACAAACAUUUUUGAUAUUAUGCUAUAAAAAAUUCCAAAUUUAUUGAAAUCCACCCGUUAUUCAAUGUAAAAAUCAAAAUUUCCACACAAUUUUCGUCAAAGUUUUUUUUGUUCAAAAAUUCAUUUUCACAGGCAUACCACGCCCAGGGUGAAGCAUAUGCACGGCGCCAAUAAUUUUUUUAUCCAACAAUUUUAUUUUUACUUGAAACCACAGUGCCAAAAAAAGCGGAAAAAAAUAAAGUAUAUCUUGGCAAUCGCACCUUCUUCAAAAAAUUGUGUGGUAGUUCAGUCGGUUAAGUGCGCGAGUUUUUGUUCAUAAGGUCCCAGAUCAACCUCCGCCUCCUCCUAAAUUUUUUAUUUUGCUCUCGAAUUGUCUGAAAUUCAGAGUUUUGUAUAUUUUCGACAUUUUGAUUGAUUUUCCCCAAUCAAAUAGUGUUCUAAAUGGCCUUUACCAGGUGUAAACAAAAAACUAGACUGUUUUACGUGUUAUUUGAGGAAUAAAACGUGACCGUGCCUGUUUUUUCGCAAAUUUCGAAGAGCUCAUCUCAUACUGCACCAAUUGCCUCGUUCUUGGUCGCAAAAGGUGCACCGGCGAAAAAUAAUAUGAGUUUCUAUUACGGGUUUUGCUUAAUGAUACGAAAAAAAAGUUUUUCUUCAUCAAAAACUGCAUUUGAGGAAAAAUUCAAUCGGCACGGUCAAGAAUAACUUGAGUUAGAGGAAAUUUCCACCUCGCAUUUUUGGUUUUAUUGAAAGCCCAGCUUUUUUUUAUGUAUGUAGGCUGUUGAAACAAAGAAUUUGAUGCCGUAAGACAUUUUCUUUUCAGUUUUGAAAAAAAAAUCAUUGAAAUUGAAUUUGAAAUGAAUAUUUGUUCUUAUUUCAUCCAUUUCCUGAUGUUUUCACCUGGGUAGGGCAUUGGAGGAUCUCCAACAACAAUGUUCAAGCGGAUUGGACCUUUGAUUCUGAAGUUAUCACCCAAAAACUGCUAUCCCACACAAUAACAACGUCGCUGUUGCACACACAAAAACAGCGAACUUAUCAAGGCAAACAAACAAGGCGGUUAGCAAGUGUGUGUGUGGUCUAUUGGAUAAUCUUUUGACUUGCAAACUCAUAACAAAAGUUCGAGUUCGACUUUCAGCGAAAUUUUUUAUUUUUUUUUAAAUUUUGUUCUGAAUUUUUAGAAUAAGGGAAAAUGAAUUUGAAUGCUAGAAUCUUUCGAACUUUGUAAAAAUCUGUGGAAAAGAAGACAUCCAGAAAUGUUUCCUAAUCUUUGGACCAGGGAUUGAUUGCAGACAGACGUUGAAAGUAGAAAUACAAAACGCGGUGAAUUGAAGACAUAAGCAAAAUCGUGCAUUUCCAAUAACAAAAAUUCACAAAUGAAAGCAUGCCAACAACAAAUUAGAACACAAAAAUCAUUACAUAAACAAAAUUAAUACAGUUUGAAUCGAAUUUUUCCACGAUCUUCCUCGGAAAUAUACAAAAUUUGUAAUAAUUUUCUUCUUCCGAAUUAGUCAUUUUGAUGUUUGGGGUCUAGAUAAGCUUGUUUUUACCGCGCCAAAAUGCUCAAGUAAAUUUUCGGCCGCUUUUUGAGAAUUUUUCAAAAAAUGCCUUGUUUUCACCCCGCCAAAAUUUUUUCAAAAAUCACCCCGCCAAUUUCAAUUUUUGAUCGGCACGAAGCUGGGCGUGGUAUGUUCACAGGAAUUGUCUUUAUUUCCUCUCAAUUUUGAAUUUAUACCUCAUAAAAUUUGCUGUUUCAAAUAUUUGACUUGAGCUCAAAAGUUUAUUUGAAAUUGUUUCGCCUCUAGUAUUUCGAUUUAAAAAUUCACCGUUUCAAAAUUUUUAUACAUUUUGGUAAAAUAUUUCUUUCAAUUAUCUUGGCGUAACAUUGUUCCACCAAAAAUUCAUUUUAAAUAUUUUUUUUUUAACCCGAUUUUGUUUGCAGAUUUGGGAUAUGCGCAGAGAUACAAUCACAAAUGUUUUGAAUGCUCAUCGCGAUACAAUUACUGGUCUUUCAGUCAGUCAUAAUGGCAAUUUCUUGUUGUCGAAUUCGAUGGAUUGCUCAUGUUAGUUUUUUCCGGAAAUUUUUCUUGAAUUUUCAAAUUACACGUGUAUUUCUGGUGCUAAAACUUCCGAUUUUCUCCCAAGAAUUCAUUUUUUUUUUCAGUGCGCUCAUGGGAUAUUCGGCCAUUUGUUCCCGGCGAACGACUUGUUUCAACAUUCAGCGGACAUGUUCAUAAUUUCGAAAAGAAUCUAUUAAAAUGCGGUUGGUCUGCCAAUGAUCAAUAUGUUACAGCCGGUUCAGCUGAUCGUUUUGUCUAUGUUUGGGAUGCGAAAAAUCGACGAUGUCUUUAUAAAUUACCCGGUCAUAUGGGAUCUGUUAAUGCGACCGAUUUUCAUCCAACUCAACCAAUUUGUGAGUUUUUUUUGGGUGGAUGAAAAAUAUGAAUUUACAUAUUAUAUACCCUUGGGAAAAAUUUGCUGUUUCCGUUUUCCCUCAAAAAAUUGAUUUUUAAAAAUUUAUAACGCUUUGAUAUGAUCUCAUAAAUUUCAUUUAAAAAAAUUGAAAAACAUUGUAUUUUUCAAAAUUUAGAUUUUCCUGCGAAAUUCCCGUUCAAAAAUUAUGGAAAAUUUCAAAAAAAUUUUCACUGUUUCAGAAGAUUUUUGUAAUUUUUAUGGCUUUUUCAAAUUGUUGUAUAUUUGGAGUUUCAAAAAUAUGAAAUUUUGAUGUUUGACUGAAUUCUGAAAGUUUUUCCUCGAAAAAAUAUGUUUCAAAAAAUUAUGGAAAGCUUAUUGUCAGUUCAAAUUUCGAUUUUAUUAUUUGAAAAAAAAUCUGCUGUUUCAAAAUUUUUGUAAAUAAAAAUUCAAUAUUUCACAUUAAUAAUCAAUGAGCUCAGAAAAAAUAGUAUAAUUUGAAUUUUGCAGAAUUUUUAUUUGAAAAAUUAAUUUUAAUCUUGAUUUUCCUGCAAAAAUUCUGGAAAAUUUCAACCGUUUUCCCAACUUUUGUUUAGAAAUAAUUUCACUGUUUCAUAAAAUACAGAAAACUAUUUUAUGUUUCUAUGAACAAUUGGAGGCAGUAGAAUUUUUCAACAAUACAAUAAACCUGAAAAUCUGAAACUCCCUCUAAAUCCUCAAUUUUUUACAGUAUUGUCGGCUGGAAGUGAUAAACGAAUAUUCCUUGGUGAACUCAAUCUCGAAUACUGA